UCUCUAAGGAGCUUAUCACUUUCUUGGAUUCCUAUUCCCAUGAGCUGACCUCCCUGAACAAUUUCUUUAGUAGUUCAUAGUUUACAGCCACCAUCUCCUUCCUCGAGGUUCCAAGUAAAGCAAAAAAAGGGAAGCACAAAGCAGAGCUCUUGCCUGCUCUGUCCCCUGCCAAUGCAUCUUUCGCUUUAAGUCUUCUUUUUCUUUUCCCCUUCGUUUCGUCUUCUUUUUCCCAGUGACUACACACAUCGACUUCUCCACAUUCCUCUUUCCUUGCCCUUCAUGGUUUAUAUAGGUCAUAGUGCUCUCUCUCAGUGCUUUGCUCUUGUUCUUGACCUGUAGCAGGAAGAAGCAGAAUAGCAGAAGCAGUGGCACGUAGUGAAAGAUCAUGGAACUUCUAUCGCAGAUGUGGUCGCUCUUAGGGCUGCUCACCAUCCUCCAAAACAUCCUUCCUUCUCAGCUUCUGGCUCUUCUCCACUCGACGUGGCAGUCACUUCAAGACUCCCUCACCCCUUACUCCUACUUCGACGUGCCUGAGUUCCUCGGCUCCUCCGCCGUCGAACCGAACGACCUCUACCGCCACGUCCACCUCUACCUCCAUCAGUCGCUUAUUUGCUCUGCAGCCGCCUCUUCCGCCCCGCCCCGCCUCACCCUCUCGCUCCCCUGCGGCUCUCUCGCCGCCCCUUCGCUGUCGAUAUCCCCCAACCAUUCCCUCGAAGAUUCCUUCGCCGGCCAACGCCUCCUCUGGACCCACCACGCCGACACGCUCCAGGACUCGCUCGAGGAGCGUCGGACCUACUCUCUCCGCCUCCCCAAGCGCGCUUCCGCUUCCCUCCUCGGCCCUUACCUCGCCCACCUCUCCGGCGCGGCCGACCACCUCGAGCGCUCCUCACGCCCCCGUCGCCUCUUCACCAACUCGCCUCGCGGAGUGACACCCUCCUGGUUCUCCGUGCCGUUCCGCCACCCGGCCACAUUCGCCACGCUGGCGCUCGAGCCCGCGAUGAAGGUGAGCAUCCUCGCGGACCUGGAAGCCUUUGCGGAUGGCCGAGAGUUCUACUGCCGUACGGGCCGCGCGUGGAAGCGCGGGUACCUGCUCCACGGCCCGCCGGGUUCCGGAAAGUCCUCGCUCAUUGCUGCAAUGGCCAACCACCUGCACUACGACGUCUACGAUCUGGAGUUGACCCGAGUUGCCAACAACUCGGACCUACGUUCGUUGCUCAUCCAGACGAACAACCGCUCCGUGAUUGUAAUCGAGGACAUAGACUGCUCGCUGGAUCUCACCGGCGAUCGGCGUGGUACGGGGAAGUCCACAGAAGCGAGGAUGAGAACGAUGAGGCGUCGACGGCAGCCAUCGCUCGACAACGAGGGAACCGACUCCGAGGACGACGACGUCGGAGGCAGAGGCAACGACGGGCGCGUGACGCUGUCGGGGCUGCUGAACUUUAUCGACGGGCUGUGGUCGUGCUGCGGCGAGGAGAGGGUGAUAGUGUUCACGACGAACUACGUGGAGGCGUUCGACCCGGCGCUGCUGCGGCCGGGCCGGAUGGACGUGCACGUGAGGCUGGGCGCCUGCGGGGCGCACGCAAUGCGGGAACUGGUGGAGAGAUACGUGGGGUUGAGGGACCACGAGAUGGUAGCCGUGGCGGAGGGUUUCAUUCGGGCGGGAGCGGAGAUGACGCCUGCGGAGGUGGCGGAGGUGCUGUUGAGGGACAGGGAAGAACCAGAGGAGGCGGUGAGGAGCUUGGUAGCUGAGCUGAGGGCGAGAGUCGUGGGUGGAGCAGGCAGAGAAGAGGAAGAGGAGGAGUCCGGGAGGGCGUGGAGUUGGGAGGAGUCGCCGGAGAAGGCGGGGGGAAAGAGGAGGAGGGCCGGUUGGGAGAAAAAGGUGAGGUUUUUGAGGCGGCUGAGGAGCUUGACCAAGUCAGAUUCAGAAAGCAGGGGGGUUUAGACGUUUCGUACGAGAAAGGCUGCAGUUAUUCUUAUUUCCCCUUCUAUGUUUCGACUUUAUGGGUAAGAUCCUUUUUUAUUUUCGUUGUUGAUUGAUUUAUAGUUUCGAAGGCGUUUCUUUAACUACAAGGAACUUACUGUACUGUGUUGUAAGAUUUGUAAUCUUCAGACUUCGGUUGGCGUAUAUAAUCCUUUGGUAUUAAUUUCCUCUUAAGCUGAAAAACUGGCCUAAUUAGUAAUUAUUUAUUUAUUUAAUCCAAAUUUAACACUUUAUUUGAGUAAAUUGAAGAAUCACAUCCGACUACCAAUAAGGAAAUUUGGUCCGACAAGCUCAAAUGGGCAAAAUUCCUGCGGAGAUUCGCAUAGACUCUGCUGUGCGCCAUUCCUCGAGGAUAACCCGGUCGCGUUUCGGCGAGUGGCGUUUGCUGCUCCGCGCUAAACUGUCGAGAAGGCGAAGGGAAGGGGAGAGGAAGGAGGAGAACGGAGAUGAUGACUGGUCGUAGCGUAUUCCUCUUCUCCACUAUCUCCCCCUCUUUAAUGACGACUAGGAACCGAAGCAGAAGAAGAGGCGGAAGCGCAAGCAGAGACUCGGCUAGUUUUGGCGCUAAAAUUUAUGUCAGCUCCAAUUUGGAGGAGCAGGAAGAACCACAGCGUCAUGACAGUGAACCUUCAUCAAGCCCUAUUAACCUAAAGGUUACAUCAUCUUGUAGAUCUUUGAAUGUCUUUUUUUAGCUUGAAGGUUACAAACAUUGUGCUUUUUGUUGGUUUACUUACACAAUGGCACUGACAGCCCACACAUUUUCUAUUUCUGUACCAACAAUAGACCCUUGAUUCUAAUAUACAUUGCUGUUUUCUUGGCUUGUGUAAGUUUGGAAGAAAGAAAAGAAACAUUAGAUUCGUUGUUGAACUAAAUUUUGUCAACUUUCAUAAGAAGGCGAAUGGUUUGCCGCGUAAGUUGAGAUCUGUGCAUCUCAGAAAGGAUCUCUGGCAAUGCUAAACAGGAAAUGGCUCUCAGUCAAUGUAGAUACAGUGCAGGUUUAGAUCUCAGCUAAUUCUCUUCCCAUUGGAAGCACCUCAUUAACCAGAAGCAGAACUUGCUAUCUUCCAGAAGGUCACAAGUCAAUAGAUGGUAUCUGCUUGUUGCACAGGCAGUCUUUUCCCUGCUGAUUGUCACUCCUUCUACCUAAUAUCUGCACUUGGUCAGGCAACAUAUGGAUGAUUGAUUGUCUAUUGUGUCAAUCUAGGCUACAAUGGUUAAGAAGGAAGCAGACAUGGUGUAGCACAUCUCAGAUACCAUGACAAAGUUAUAGUCUAAUCAAACAAACAUCACAGUUGGUCUUCAUAUUUGAAUAUCAUGCCAUGGAAGGAUUGAUCUUUUAUCAUUUGAUUGAUAAUCAUUGUUCCAGCCAUACACAAAUUAUUAUGUUUUGUUUACUUGAGGGGAGGGGAGUCUUAGAGAAAGUUUGUGUGAGUAGAGAAAAGAAAAGAAAAACUACGCUAGUUAGUCUCCACUCAUUAUUUCGAUCUUUCUUAUUUACUUGGAUGGAAUCAAAGGGAACGAUGUAAACAUUGGAUCUCAAUUCCCUUCUCAAAUUCAUUUCCUUCUCAUUUCCAUCCAAGUAAACACAACAUAUAUGAUUAGAUGUGAAAAGUAUGCAUAAAUGGUAGGUCGCAUUAUGCCUUGUGAUUUAGUUGAUUUCUCUGAAAGAUCUUAUAAUUUAAGGUCUUAGUUUGUUUACGUUGCAAUAUCCUUGUUAAAGUUCUACUUUCUCAUGCAGGAGACUGGUUCACUUCAUUCAAGACGAAAAUGUGUUACAUGUUUAUAUGCAACUCUAGCAGCAGUACAUAUUGCUGGACCAUUGCAUCCACCUGAUGGAUUUGCAUUAGAAUCAACGGAUAGUAAAUUAAAAUCUGUGUGUCGAAAUUGUAGCGGAAGUGGUGUUGUAUUAUGUGACAUGUGUGGUGGCACGGGAAAAUGGAAAGCACUCAACAGAAAGCGAGCAAAAGAUGUGUACGAGUUUACAGAAUGCCCUAAUUGUUAUGGUCGUGGAAAACUGGUGUGCCCUAUUUGUCUUGGCACGGGUUUACCCAACAACAAGGGGCUUCUUCGAAGACCUGAAGCGCGAAAAUUGUUGGAAAAGAUGUACAAUGGCAGGCUGUUGCCGACCUCCUAAGUAGUCUCGCAAUUAUGUUUAAAUUUGCAGGUACUCACCUUCUGCAGUCAGACAAAAUGCUGAUAACUUGAUGCUCGCUAUGGUCUAUAUCAAGUGCACUCAGAGCAGUAAUUUGUCGAGCUUUGAUGGAGCUUAUGAGUAUAAGUGAUGAAUGUUUCCUACUUCAACCAUCAUGGUAACGAGAGUAAAAGAACACAUAGGAUUGUUGCUUCUAUCUGUUAUGGCACUUAUGUUAAUUUAGAAAAUUUUCCAUUAAUUGUAUAUACAAUGCUUCGAUAAUAAAAUAGUUUGUGAGAGGCAUUUCUUGUUA